AAGCGAGACACGGACGCGCCAGAAACAAGCACAAGCGGGUGUCACGACAGCUUGCAAGAGUGAAUAGGCGCCGCCUGCAAAAGAAAAAGCGUGUCUCUGUCAAUGUUACCUAUUUAAAUCGCUUCCUUUCUACACCUGUAUUUUAUUUCUCCAACUCCGUCCUCGCAAUGGACAGCGAAGCCACGUCGGUUGUCGAUGGCGAUGGUGCCGCGCCACGUCGCUCCGGACGCGUCGUGAAGCCAACCACCAAGUACCAGGCCAGCAAACGCAAGCGCGGUGAUGGCCAAGGCGACGACGAUGAUGACGAUCUGGAUUCUGACGAGGAGAGCGAAGAAGAGGACGAUGACGACGAAGAAGAGCACCCCGCGCCGCGAAGCAGAGCCAAGGGAAACCGCAAGAAGCCUUCCAUCAAGAAGCCCAAGAUUAACGGAUCGGGCCAUGUGGCGCGUAUCCCCAGUAGGCCGAAGAAGACGGUUCGCAUUGAGGCCGGCAACAAGGGCACUGGUUUGUUUGCCGACAUAUUCGGAUCUGGCGAUUCCUCACAGACUGUCGCGCAGCAGUGGCUGGACAAGUACAGAGCAGAUGACGCUGCUGCAAUGGCGGAUUUGGUCAAUUGCAUCCUGCAGUGCGCGGGAUGCGACUUGGCGGUUACCGUCGACGACAUUCGCGACCCUGAAAACAUUCCCAACAGACUGAUAGAUCUUCAAAACGAAUACCAAGAGCAAAGCAUCACCGAUUACCCGCUGGUAUCCCGCGCCAAAGGAACCAGAUCGUUCCGCGAUAUGCUUGUUUCAUUCUUCGAAUUGCUCGUCGCGCUCAUCCAUGAGACAGACGUCAUGUACGAAGAUGUCAAUCUGAUGGAAAAUUUGCAUGCUUGGCUAGCCAGUAUGUCCUCUUCGGCGCUUCGACCUUUCCGACACACCGCCACCACCAUCUCUCUAGCCACACAGUCCGGCCUUAUUGACGUAGCCGGCAUCCUCGACCGAAGAAUAGCAAACAUUGAACAGCAAGCGGCUGCUGCUAAGCGCGGAAAGACUAACAAGACCAAGUCUGCGGAAAUUCAGCGCAACUUGACCGAGGCCAACAGCCAUCGCCAAAUUUGCAACCACUCGAUCCAGUCCUUUUUCGACACCGUGUUUGUGCACAGAUACCGCGAUGUCGACGCCAAAAUCAGAACCGAAUGUGUCGAGGCGCUUGGAUCCUGGAUCUGGAACCUGCCUACAGUGUUCAUGGAGCCCAGCUACCUACGCUAUCUGGGAUGGAUGCUGUCUGAUACCAAUGCUCCUACGCGUCACGAAGUACUCAAGCAGCUGGGCAAGGUUUUCAGACGAGAUGCAGAGAAGCUUGGCCAUUUCAUCGACAGAUUCCGUCCUCGCCUCAUAGAGAUGGCAACCAUUGACUCGGAAAUCUCUGUUAGAGUGGCGGCCAUCUCCGUUAUUGAUGCCUUGCGCGAAGCUGCGUUACUCGACCCUAGCGAAAUUGAUGCCAUUGGCAAGCUCGUUUUCGACAAUGAAAUUAGAAUCCGCAAGGCUGUCGUCAACUUCUUCGUCGCCUGUCUUGAGGAUGUCAAGGAAGGCAAGCUGGAGGCCAUGGGCGGUUCGGAUGUUUUGGAGGAGAUUGACGCCGGCGAGGACGACGAGUUCGACUCUCCUCGCCGUGAGUGGCUCGACAUUAAGUGUCUUACCGAGACGCUGGCGAUUUACAACUCACAAGUCGAUGAAACUCAGUCUGGUGCUGGAGCUGCUGGUCAAACCAUCGCCCUAGAUAUGUUGGAGGCUGCUGUCCCAGACACACGUGUCGCCCUUGCCGCACAAGUCCUGUACGACAAGAUUACUGAGAUUAGCAACUGGGAGGUUUUGGCUGGAUAUCUCCUGUUUGAUCACACCACAAGCACCAAAGCCAGAGCCACUAAGGGUCGCUCGAAAAAUGCGUCGCCAGAAGCCGUCUUCAAGCAAACGGUAGCCCCGACAAGCGAAGAAGAAACCAUUCUGCUCGAGGUUCUCGGCGCCGGCGUCAAGAUGAGCAUCUCACACAUUGGAGACCCCGACAAAGCCAGAAGCCGUGGUCGCGCAGACUUGGUUGAGUCUCAGGAGGACGUCGCCGUUGAGCUUGCGUCCAUCAUCCCCAAGUUGUUGAACAAAUUCGGAGCCGAGGCCGAGACUGCAGCCAUUGUCCUCCGCCUCGAACACUAUCUCAACCUCGAUGUCUUCCAGCAGCUGCGACAGGAUGCCACCAAGUACGAGCGCCUUCUCAACGAGAUUAGCACACAAUUCAUGCGACACGAUGACAAACAAGUACUUGCAGAGGCCACAGCCGCGCUGCUUCACGCCAGACAAUACGAUGAGCUUGAGGAGCUGACGGACAGCAAAAUCUCCGUGCUAUGGGAGAAUGUUGUCGCAUCUCUCAAGAGCAUUGAAAAGACUUGCGAGCCUAGCGUCCGCGGUAACCUCUCUGAAGACCAAUUGCAGCAGCUCAUCACGCUGCUGCUCAAGAUUAGCAAGCUGGCUAGUAUCUCAGAUUGCAUCGAGGUCCUCGAGGGAACCGGCAAGUCCAAGAAAAACGAAUCAACACCCAUCCAGAUCCUAGUCAACCUCGUCCACCGCGGUAAGUAUGUGCCGCAGGAUGGCGAGAUUGACGACUUGGAAGACGAGCUGGUGGCUCUGGCCAUCAAGUCGUGCCAGUUCUACUUUAUGUGGAAGAUCCUAGCGCUUGCCAAGCGCCUCUCUGCCGGUGCUGCUGUCUCGGACGGCGAAAUCGACAGCCUCUCCAUCCUCCGCCAGACAUACCGCCGCUACAUCAUCGAAACAUUCUCAUCACGGGCUGUCAUUGACUCCCUCCGCCUCUUUGCCACAGGUUCGCUCUGCGAUCUGCAUCUUUCCUUUGCUACUCUCCGUCCCAAGAUCAACGCCCUGAGCGCCUCAUCAGCGCGCGCCGAGAAGUUCAAGGUGCUUGUCCAGGAAAUCGAGCCUGGCUUGAUUCCCGAGCUGACAUCCAUCUUUGACGGCGCCGAGAAGCAGUUUGCCAAGAAGGCCAAGAAGGACAGAAUCCUCAACGAGCCCGCUGAGGACGAAGACCCUAUUGACGACGAUGAGGAUGACGAGGACGAGGACGACGAGGACGAAGAUUUGCCCAAGGAGGAGCGCUUUGCCGCCGAGCUCCAGGCCGAAAAGGCCCUCUGCGAACUCACGGCCAAAUAUGUCCUCGCCAUUGCUGGCCAACUCAUUGACAACCGCGGCUCGCACGCCGACAAGCUGCGCCGUCGUCUCCUGCGCAACCAGACCAAGCUGGGCAACAACUUCAAAGAAGUUGUGGCCUAUCUCGAUGAGAGUAAGCUCGCACGCAAAGAGAAGAAGGCAGCGCCGAAGCCCGCCGUGCAGCUCAGCAAGGCCACUGUCGACGACGAGGACAUGUUUGACGAGGUGCACAUUGAAGAGGGCUCCAGAGAAGACCUCAUCAGACGGGAGCUUCUUGAGGAGGACCCCAUCGACGACGCUGAGGACGACUAAGUUUCUUUGUUUUUGGGUUUGGGUUUUUGGGCUGGGCAGACUUUCGUUGAAAAUAUUGGGCAUUGAGAACCUUGGGUUCCGGGACGACCUGCGUUUUGUUUCUCAUCUUUUUUGUAUUGCUUUGGACGGCCUUGUUUACAUGUACGGAGUCAAAUGUACACCAGGGUCUUUUUUGCACAAAAUAGCAGCGGCGUCUACGUAGUCGUUUUGAUGGAUGGACUUGAAGGGUUUCGCGCUUUUGUUUCUUAUUGUUCUAAUGAUUCUCAUGGGCGUGUUUAUAUCUUGACGAAAUUGAAAGUAUUUCAUAUUUACAUGCUGACUCUCUAUGACACGGGGUGAAUUAACUAUAUACAGAAGAGAUGUUGCUCAUUGUAGAUCGAAGCCAAGGUGGAUGGGAUAUUAAGUACAGGGAUAAGUGUGUAGUCUAGUCGCAGAUGCGAGUGCCAAAGAGCGCAAACAUGCGUUGCCAGCGCUUAUUCUCGCCAGCAUCUGCUUUAGUUUCGUCAUCUUCGGUCACACGCACGCCGUAUUGGCAGAUGCAACAGGGGAACGGCUUGUUCUUUACAGCCAAGAGAGCCUGUGAGGGUGCCGGUUUGACUGGCGAGCUGUCGGGCGGCGCGUUGUUGCGUGCAGCUGCGGCUAAGGCUUGUUCUUCUGCCUCUUCCUGCUCGGUGACGAGUUCUUCAAGGUCGCCCCAGAGGGUAAAAAGCUUUUCGCGCAUUGAUUGGACCUUGUUCUCGUUGACGUGGAGGUUGGAUGCGUCAAGGUUGAGCAGGCAUUGGCCAGAAGGGUUGUCGACAGCAGCCCAGAUAGCUCGCUUGUCUUGGCCGUCAGGCACGUCGGCGUCUUCGAGUUUGAGAUAGAAGCACCAUUCCCAGUUCUUGGUAGCGCUGAACGAGGAGGGUACGUCAGAGUCGUAGUCGGAGGAUGGAGCAGAAUCCUCGUCGAGGAGGUGAGAUUCUGGACGCUGUGCACUGGCCUUUUUCGGGCGUGCGAAUUUGGCGAGAGUGUGUGGGUAGAAGUCGACGACGCGCACAUAGGUGCGGUAGUUGCGGUUGGCGAAGGGAAGAGGGAUGGACAUGGUGGUGUCGCCAUCAAUGACUGGAUGGUACUCGGGGACAAACAUGUCUGCGAUUAUGCUGCUGUGGGCUGCCAG